CUCGCAUUGCCUUGCACAAAUUGUCGAACUGACUGUGAACCUUUGUACACCAGAGUAGGUAUCGUUGCGGUGCCGAUGGAGCGCAACUCAGACAUGGAUGCGCUAGUCAACAGCCACAUCCAGCGCACACGAGGGACUGUACGAAAUCGAGGCGAGCACGGCGUACUUUGCCGACCCUCUUACCUUUUCAUGACAGUGCUCCUAUUAGUUGUGUUCGUCGCCACGUUUCUGACCGAAAGCAUCGAGAUCAACAUUAAUCUCAAAAAAGUUGACGGUUCCGGAGACUCGAAGCCAGAAUCCUCGGAAGCGAAAAAAGCAACGUCUCCUUCCAGUAAACCGUCUCCUUCCAGUAAACCUUCGACUACAGGAGAAGAUGCUAAUUCAUACGAAAAUGAAGUCGCCUCCGGAAAAUUUUCGAUUCCUAAUGUCGAAGACGAUCCAGCCAAUGCCGACAACAGCAACGUAGAAAGAGACGUGGACAAUAUAUCGGACAGUACCGUGCCGGGCGGUGGAUCGACUUCGGAGGAAGUACCUGUUUCCCCGUCACACGUCGACGAAGCUGUGGUACCCGAAACCCUUGUUCAAGAUACUGUGAUUGACAACUUGGAAAGUAUUUCCAAUAAUAGGACGCCUGUAUCCACUGGAGACGCACCAAGUAAAAGUCCGACUUUUGGAGCUGAGGAUCUCCCACCGGGCUUCAAGAAGCAUCCCUCUGCCAUUUCGGAUGUUUACGUCAGAAGAGGGAAGCCGUUGGAUGACGCGGAGAAAGCCAAGCUCGCGGACACCUGGGGAUCUUGGACAUUUGUGGAUCAAAACGCAAACAACCGACCGAGUGCCGACUUUUAUGCAGAUUAUCCACACCGCGAUAUCCCCUUCGACAAAAUCCCGGAAACUUCGUGGCAAAAGGAUCCGGCAUAUCUGGCCUCCUUUUUGCCUGAAGCUCAGGCGCUCGUCGAACGCGCCAUGGAGGCGAUACUGGCCGAAUACGGUCACAGUAAGUUUGAUGAGCCACAGAUGGAUUUUGAAAAGAGAUCGGAUAUGUUUUCGUUGACUAUGCUCGAUUUGGAAAAAGGCGAGAAGUUCCCGAAGACAGCAAGCAAUGCAGGAUGCACCACGAAACGAAGCUUCGAUGGACUGGUCCGCCGAAUCCUGCACGCAAUUAUGAGUGAAGACACGUUCAAUUUUGUCAUGGGUGGUCAUUCUUCAGCGGCAGGUCACGGUAACCAUUUUCAACAAAGCUAUACGUUGCAGUUUCAAAAGGUCAUGGAGCCUAUUUUUGCCAGACUGGGCGUGAAAUUGACUUCGCGGAACAUUGGAAUGGGAGGUUUGGGUACUCUUCACAAUUCUCUCGGGGCAGGAUCUAUUUAUGGUUCCGAGCUUGACAUUUUGAUGUGGGACUCAGGUAUGACAGAGAGAGGAGCGCCUAUCGUCGACCUUUUUAGCAUUCAAGGAAUGAUCGGAGGAAGCAGAGUCCCCUUCAUCAUUGCCGAAGGAUCUCUCGCUGAGCUGCAUACUCAUGCUGGAGCCGAUGUUGGAAAGUUAGGGACGGGGAUGAGAGGGAUACAGAAGACAGACAGCGUCAAAACACUAGAACAAAUUCCCUGGGCAGCGAGGUACAUGGACUGUUCACCAGAAAUGCGCACUGAGUGUGGAAACAACAAAUACCGAGGAACGUGUUGGAUUCAUCGUCCCGACUUUAAUCCAAAAUUAGCUCAAAAGGCUGUUCCUGGCGGAAGAGCCAAUUGGCACCCAGGAGAUCGCAGCCAUCAAUUGGAGGGAAGAGUGUUGGCCUUUCUUGUCUUGCGCGCCAUCAAACAGGCGCUGGACCUCUGGGCUAGCGCUGAAAACUACAGACUUCCCGAUGAAUAUUGGCACGUAGCAGGGUACUAUCAAAGCAUCCGCUCAAAGUUGAUUAGUCUGAAUCCAGCAAUAGGAGGUUGCCAUCAGAACGAAGGAAUCAUCCAGAGAGCUUGUUCUACCGCUAUGAAGUCUCGAACAGAAUUUACACCCCGAAAUAACCCUUCGGAGACAAGUAUUCGAAGCAUCUUAAAAGGAAACUACGACUUUAAGAUUCUGCCCAAUGUGUACGACCCUCCGGAUGUCUUUGUUCCUGAUUUGAGUGUCCCUGAUGGUGUAUUUGAGUAUCUUGCUGUCGUUGAAAAUGGUGAAGAUUUCCAACCGGAACUCUCGCGUGUACAACGAUUUUCUUCGACUCGUCGUCUAAAAUCGACGCACCACAGAUCUCUUGCAAAUCCAUCUAUAACUCCAGGAAAGGGAUGGUUUUUCACAGGAAACUCGGCACCCGAUAAUUGCGAUGGAACUUACGACUCAUUCUGCGGCCGGAGUCAGGAUAACCCCUGUCUCCUAUAUGGCCACAACGAUGGUCGCUCGGGCCUGCUUUUUGACAGUUUAAGUGGUUGGUUGAUCAUGGAUUUAGUGGAACUCAAGGAGGGUAUUAUCAUUCUAAAAAUAGAGGACUGGCAUGGUGCCAAAUCAAACAAAGCGACGGAAGGAUGGCGCUGUGAGAAUGGCAGUGCAGAAUGCAGCGGGCGUCGGCUUUCCUCGGCUAUUCGCCGUGGAAACUAUACUUCCACUCAAUUGGAUCGCAAUUUGAAGGCGAAGCCACCGGAAUACUGUGAAAAAUUUGUCUUUGAAUACGCCAUCGAUGGCAAAGUUACACAAAUGAAAAAAGACGAGUUUAUGAAGAAAAUGAUUCAGGCUCAACGAGUCGUUCAACUUUGGGUUCUUCUGGAUGAUCCAAAUUUUUCAUCAGGCGAUCCGAAGGACGUCGAGCUCGCGUUUCGCAUAACCGGGUGCGGGCGUGAGAAGACGAUGCACUUGACUCAUGUCUACUGGGCGUGA